AUGGACAGGCUGAUCGGAGGUGCAAAGUUCAUGAGUGAUGGAACCAAGGCAGUGCUACCAGCAACGACAACUUGCAUCAUGUUAUUGAACCCGCUCUCUGUGGCGGCUAUCCUUGGAGCCCUUUUGGUGUUCUACCUGGCACGCUGCUAUUCAUCCCCCUUGUGGAGAAUCCCCGGGCCAGCACUGUCCAAAAUCACCUCAAUCGCUCUGAGAUGGCACGAGUUCGGCGCAAAUCGAACGCUGUACAUCCACUCUUUGCACUUGAAGUAUGGCCCAGUCGUGCGAAUCGCUCCCAAAGAAGUUUCAUAUACGUCUUAUGAGGCUGUCAAGGAGAUUUACGGAUCACUCGGAAGUGGUUAUGACAAGCAUCGUUUCUACAACCUCUUCAAGGUUUUCGGGCGCAGAACCAUGUUUUCAACCCUUGUGAAGGGCGAUCACGCGAAGCGCAAGCGUAUCAUUGCCGAUCGCUAUGCUAAUAGCAAUGUGGUGAAGCCCAUAGCGCUGAGCGGUAUUGAGAAGCGUGCGAAGAGUUUGUCGGGCAGUGUGCUGAUGCAGCAAGUGCAAGUCAAGCUUCACUCUUACGCUUGUGACUGCGUGACCCAUCACUUGUUCCACCCUUACGGAACCAAUAGUCUCCAGAAACAGGAAGACACGGACAUGAUGGAGCAAGUCACGACGGACGAUAGUCUACGAAACCGCCUUAUCCAGCAUCACUAUCCCGUCUUUUACCAGUACUUCUCUAAGAUUCUUGACCUGUUCUUCGAUCCACGAACCACGCCCCUUGCUAAGGACUUCGUUGUUGGUGCUACCUCCAAAAUUGAUCCCGCGCCGUUCACCCUGUUAAGCCGCCUUCAAGACAAGAGGGAAAGCGGCAGCAGCGUCAACCAGAUGGACGCCAUUGACAUCGCCGCGGAAUGUACGGAUCACAUGGUAGCUGGCAUCGAUACAACGGGUGAUUCGCUGUGUUUCUUGUUGUGGGAACUGUCACAGCCGGCAUCUCUCGAGAUUCAACGGAAACUCCGGGAGGAGAUUCGAGAGAAUCCAGACGCCUCUUUUGACAAGCUUUCUUACCUUGAUGCCGUGGUUCAAGAAGGCCUCCGAUGCUAUCCUGCGAUUCCAAUGUCCCUACCUCGCGUGGUCCCACCGGGAGGGAAGACCGUCGAUGGCUACUUUGUUUCCGAGGGUACCAUCGUGAGCAGCCAGGCCUACUCGGUUCACCGCAACAACGACGCAGUCUUCCCCAACCCUGAAACCUUCAGCCCUGAACGCUGGCUAUCCCCCACCGGAGAAGCCGAGAGAAAGAGACACAUGUUUGCUUUUGCUCAUGGUGGAAGAGGCUGUGUCGGAAAACACCUUGCAUUGGCAGAGAUGAAGAUUUUACUCCGUGGCAUAUACGGACGAUAUUCCACUGUACCAGAUCCUUCCAUCACUCCCGAGAGUAUGCGAUCUCACGACCAGAUCAUUUCUGCCCGGCCAUACGGACAACGGUGUCUCUUGCGAUUCGUUCCUAUUGCGAAUGAAGAGGCUUUCUUGGCGAGACAAUCUCUCCUGAAAAGCGACUUUGGGUUUCAUCCCUCUGAACGAUGUAUUUCGUUCAAUUUGUAUCCGUACUCAAGUCACUUACCCCAUUGCGUCGUCAAAACCCAAGGCGGGAGGCGGGGCGUGAACGCAACGGUUGUGAGUCAAAUCAUCCUUCAAGUGUGGAGUUGGGGUCUGAAAAUCACGGGGGCCUUGGCCACCGGGAAAUCCCACCGAGUCAGUGUCGGCAUUUCAUUGGAACCUUAUUCAUUGCUGGCGCUGUUGCCAUGGAUGUGGAUCACCAGUGUCGAAAUACAAUUCAUCACCUUGCGAAAGAGUCUUGAACCGGCGGUGAAGGCAUAG